AUGGAGCCUGCUGUUGAUUUGGAAUUUGUUGGUGGUGUUUGCGAUAAAGAUAAUUCAACUGAUGCUGGUGUAGAAGGCAGUGGUGGUUGCGAUGGAGGUAAUUCCACUGAUGUUGGUGUACAAGACAAUGUAUGUGAUUUGGAAAUUUCUCCUGGGUUGACUAAGUAUUGGCGCCCAGUUUGUACUGACAGUUUGAAGCCUCUUGUUGGGCAACCGUUUCAUUCCUUGGAUGGUGCUAUUGUUUUUUAUAAACAAUAUGCUGGGACUGUUGGGUUUGACUAUAGGCAGAGCUCAAUUCGAAAGAGUAGGGAUGGCGUUGUUGUGGAGAAGCAUGUAGUAUGUAAUCGUCAGGGGUUUAAGCAGAGUAGUUCUAGUAUUCAAUAUAUGCAUGGGGUUGAUGCUAAAACUACUUUGGCGAUGAGACGGAGGGCGACAAAUAGGGUUGGUUGUAAGGCUAAGGUUGUGGUUAAGCUUAAGUCUAAUGGUUUGUAUUUUGCGCAUUCUUUUGAGGAACUCCACACCUAUUUGAUGUGUUCAAUUAUUGCUAGGCAAUUUUUAAAGGUGAAUCGCAGCCUUGAUGCUGGCCACCAAAUGUUUAUUGCGAGUUGUGCUCGGGCAAAUAUUGGCUCUGUUCGGUCAUAUAGGUUGUUUACAGAGAUUGUUGGUGAGUAUUCCAAUGUUGGUGCUACAGGUGUGGAUUUUAAAAAUUUCAAGCGUGAUUUGAUGGCGCACAUUUUAAAUGGUGAUGCUCAAUUAUUCAUAGAUACGUUUUUCAAGAGGCGUGAAUUGUGUGAGGCUUUUGAUUUUGAGUAUGAUGUUGAUGAAGUUGAUCAACUUUCAAGGGUUUUUUGGGCUGAUGCAGUAUCUAGGAAGAAUUUUGCUUUGUUUGGUGAUGUUUCAUUCGAUGCUACAUACCGUACUAGCAUGUAUAAGUUGAUUUUUGUUCCAUUUACUGGAAUUGAUAACCAUAAGAGAUCCAUCAACUUUGGUGCUGGUUUGCUUACGAGGGAAGACGUAGACUUAUAUGUGUGGCUUUUGGAGAAAUUUAAGAAAACUAUGUGUCAUGACCCUAUUUGUGUUGUUACUGAUCAAGAUCUAGCUGUCAAGCUAAGGUUGCUGUUGCUUGUGUGUUUGGUUGUACCGGUUUUAUCUAAAGAUGAGGUGUUUAGGAGGAAGUUGAAUGGCAUUGUUUGGAACAAAUCCCUGGACUCCAAGUCUUUUGAGGAUGCAUGGAGUUAUAUUAUGGAGGAAUAUGAUUUGGGUGACAAUGGUUGGUUUCGUUACUUGUUUGAGUGUCGUACAUUUUGGGCAUCUCCAUAUUUUUAUGAUGAGUUUAUGUCGGGCUUGCGUCAUGCACAAGCAAAAUUGACUGCUGAUUGUGAAUCUUGUUUUCCUGUUUUGAAGACACCAUUGGCUUUGGAGAAGCAUGCAAUAGAUGUUUACACCAUUUCCGUAUUUUAUGAUGUUCAAGCCAAGCCUUACAUAAGGCAAGAAAACAAAGAGCAUGAGGGGAUGAAGGGAGACAGAAAUGGAGAGGAAGCUGAUCCAGUGGUAGUGCAAAAAAACUUUGGGGCACUGAAAGACUGGGGUGGUUCAGAAAACAUAGAUCCUGGGGAAAAAAAGGGAGGAAAGGAAGAGGGAGAAUUGAGUUACAGUGAAAGUGAGAAUGGUUCUUAUGAUGAGAGCAAUAAUGACUCAGCAGAAGAUAGUGAAUAUGAGAGGGAAAAAGAAAUGGAGGAAAAAAGGAAAAGGUAUUUGAAAGAAGUGAAUGCCUCUCCAAUGAAUGAAGGGAACCAGGGGAGGAAAGGGAAGAAGAAAGGGGGAAGGAAAAAGAGAGGAAAGGGGAGGGGCCAUCUCAAGAAAUAA